AUGAUUGAGUCACGACUUGAGAUAGUCGGACCUCUUGCAGUUUCGAUUGUUUUCUUCCCUAGCUACAACAACCAGGAUUUAAACGGAGUGGCACUUGCACCUACACCCGCAUAUAUGGCAGCAUAUAUAGCUAACCGUAUAGUAUACCAAGUUCACACCAUGCUCUUAGCUGGACAUGGUGUUGACGAGAAUGGCAAUGCGUUUUGGGAGGUGCAGGACGACUCUGAGAACAUAAACAACGGAGAUUGCGGGUAUCUCCGCUUUUCCCAAGAGUUGUUAAUAUUGGGCAGCUUAAUCGUGGAGUAUAUCGAAAUAGUUCUACGUGGUUGA